AUGAAGCCAUCUGAAAUAGAAAAAUAUUUAAAAGAACGUUACGGUCGAAAAAUACAUGGUGAUAAUUAUGCUGAUGAAGAACAAAUUCCAGAUGAAAUAACUCAAGCAAGUUUAUUAUCUGAUGUUAAAUCACCUAAUUCUUUGGUCAGUUAAAUGUCGAAUUGAAGAUGAAAAAUAAAUAGCUUUAUUACUUAUGAGAAAAUAUCUUGCUUUAGAAAAUAAUGAAAAAGUAAUAACAAAAAUAAAAAAAAAAUCUUAAUCAAAAUAAAAUAUAUUUAUUUUCAAGGCAUUACAAAUAAAAUCUAUUAUUGUAAAAGAAAAUGAUCGUGGAUAUAUUUACAUUGAAGCAUUUAAGCCAAAUCAUAUUAAAGCAGCAUGUGAAGAUAUUCGUAAGGUGCACCAAGGGCAAAAAAGGAGCACUUUUUAUUUUUCAAGUUUUUUUACAUCAUCUGAUAGAGCUCGCGAUGCUGAUUCCGAAUAUGUGCUUU